AUGACAGAAAAAAAUACUUCUGCGUCUUAUGCACAAUCCUUCAGUAGUGUCGAAGAAUAUCCUGAUGAUGCCCCCAAAAACUUUAUUGACAAGCUUGGUUUACUUUUAAAUGCCGAGAUCAGGGGGAUAGAGAGAGUUCCCGAUGAUUUACGAGAGGAUAAAUCAAUGUGGGGACCGUUGACUAUAUUCCUUUCACCAAAUUUGGCUAUUGCUGCCUUAGGUUCUGGUGCUUUGGCUCCAACUGUAUUUGGCCUUGAUUUUUGGACAUCAGUAAUAAUCAUUAUAGUCUGGUCUUUGAUUGGAGCACUUCCAGUGGCCUUCUGUGCCACAUUUGGAAUGAAAUUUGGCCUUAGACAACAGAUCAUGUCCAGAUAUUUCACUGGAAAUAUUAUGGGCAGAGUCUUUGCAUUUUUCAAUGCAAUUAGUUGUAUAGGUUGGAAUGCAAUUAAUAUUAUUCCAUCAGUGGAACUUUUAAGUUCUAUGGGACCUUUACCGCCAUGGGCAGGCUGUCUCAUUCUUGUCAUAUUGACAUGUGUGAUUGCUAUAUUGGGGUACAAAUACAUUCAUAUAUAUGAACGUUAUUCAGGUAUUCCAAAUUUCAUUAUUUAUUUAAUCUUAAUUGCUAGAUUAGCAAAGUCUGGAAAUUUUGAGUUUGGAACUAUGGACACUGGGAAAGCUGAAGCUGGGAAUGUAUUAACAUUUAUCGCUCUUGUUUUCGGAUUUGUAGCCGGCUGGACUCCAUCAUCUGCGGAUUAUUUUGUAUACAUACCAAGUAAUACUCCAAGUUGGAGAAUAUUUGUACCUGUUUUCAUUGGGUUGUCAGUCCCAUGUAUAUUCACAUUAAUAUUAGGAGCAGCAUGUGGAAUGGGUACUUUAGGAAAUGAAGAAUGGGCUGCAGCUUUUGAAAAGGAUUCCAUUGGUGGAUUAGUUUAUCAAAUUCUUGUUGAAAAUAGUUUACAUGGCUUUGGAAAAUUCUGUUGUGUAAUACUUGCCCUUUCAGCAAUUGCGAAUAACCUCCCUGGUUCAUAUUCCUUAUCACUUUCAAUUCAAGCAUUAUGGUCGCCAUUAGCAAAAUUCCCCAGAAUUGGAUGGUGUAUUGCAGGAAACUUCUUAUCAUUAGGACUUUCUAUCCCAGCAUACUAUGUAUUCUCCCAGGCGAUGUCAAAUUUCUUCUCAAUUAUUGGAUAUAACGUCUCGAUAUACAUUGGUAUUACACUUUGUGAACACUUUAUUUUCAGGAAAGGGUUCGGAGGUUAUGAUAUUACCAACUUUGAAGAUAGGAAAACCUUACCAGUUGGAUUAGCAGGUUUAUUUGCCUUUUGUUGUGGAGUAGUUACUACAGUUUUAUCUAUGAAUCAAACUUGGUACAGCGGAGUCAUUCUGCAAACAUUCGGAAAAUAUGGUGGUGAAAUAUCCUUUGAACUUAACAUAUUCACAACAUUCAUUGUUUAUGCUAUCGUUCGCCCAUUUGAAAAGAAAUACUUUAAAAGAUAG